AUGUCUGCCACACAGCUGGAGGAGACAGAAAAUGUUUUUGACCUGAACGAGGCCAUCCCAGAGACAGAGCUGCUGGACAACAGCAUACAGAAGGGGCGUGCCCAGCUGUCCGUCAAAGCCAGGAGGCACCGCCCCUCUCGUUCUCGCUUCCGAGACAGCGUCAGCUCCACAGAGGGAGAUGACAGUCUUGAGAGGAAGUGUCUGGACAGCCCAUUGCACUCCGUCCGUUCCCCCCUCCACUCCACCCUGCGAGGAGGCUCCUCCCCUUCGCCUGAUUCGCUCCUCUCCUCGUCCUCCCCUUGUCCCACCUUACGGAGCCCCGUCUUCUCCUUCGACACCUCCUCCUUACGGCGCUCCCCGGAGGAGGGCGGGACAGGGUCGCUAGCCCCUCGGGGGCGGUACCGCCAGCUGACAAAUGCCACGUCUCAGGAGGCCCUGUUGACCACGCCCAACAGCUCUCCCUCCAAGUCGUGUCCCAGUUCGGACUGCUCGCCUGUUUACAUUCGACGGGCACGACGCCCAGACAGUGAGGUGUUAGUUUCAGAAAACAGUCGAGACACCAGCCCGGCCGACCCCGGCAACAACAGCCUUAUCUUCGACAAGAAGACAAAGAGGAGGUUCUUGGACCUGGGGGUCACAUUGAGACGCUCCUAUGUGAGAGUCAGAAAAGACAAGUCAAACAGACUGUCAAUGGGAAGCCGGGAGUCAUCUGAGAGCCCGUCCAGGUCCUCUGGCUCGUUCGUGCCUUUCUCCUGGUUCACUGACAGCGCCAGGGGCUCUGUGUCCUCCGGGGCAACCCCGCCCUGCUCCCCUAAACUGGUCUCACAGGACUGCAGCCCUCGCAAGUCCAACUCUCAGGAGUCUGCCCUGAGUGAUGAGUUCUCUCCGCCCCCCCAUAGUCCCCCCCACGCCUCCAGUGGGACCACAGCCGACUCGUCCUCCCGCUCCUCACAACGCUACCAGACCCUCUCCCAGUCCUCAGACGAGCCUAUUGACGAGCCACUGUGCCUAGUGUCGUCGUGGAGCACCCAGCAGGUGUGCCAGUGGCUGAAAGGGUUGAACAUGGAGCAGUACAUCUCAGAGUUCACUGCCAGGGACAUCGACGGGGAGCAGCUCCUCCUGAUGGAUGGCACCAAGCUCAAGGGUUUGGGAGUGAACAGUUCGACGGACCGCAGUGUCCUGAAAAGGCGGAUCAAAGACAUUCACACAGCAACGGAAAAGGAGCGCAAGGCUCUGGACAAACUGGAACGCCAGAAAGAGAAACAGCGCAAAAAGGAACAGGAACUACGCAGGCUAAACACAAGCUAGACAUAACCACCAGAUGGCGCUAAAUGACCACAGAAAUACUCCUGACUAGAAACUGGUGCUGGGGGACCAUCUCCAACUUUCACAUUAUCAUGAUAGCAUUGAUGCUAAGUGGAGUUUUGUGCAAAACGUUGGAAUUUGCACAUAGACUUUUGUACUGUACCUCCGGUUUGGAUGUGAGGCUUUGAACCCUGUGAUGGGCGGGACAGUGUGUUGUCUAUCACUGACACAUGAUCAAUAACAGAAUGAAAGCUCCAUUAACUUCUUGUCAAACGGCUUUAUUUUAGACCAAGAUCGGAACCCAAAGUGGGCAUGUGAGCGGUGGGUCGCGAGUUAUGAGAAUACAUCUACAAUCACACACUAUUUAUUCUUAAUUUGGGUAGUUGGGGGACAAUUUGGGUCACGGCAGGACUGUCAAUUUCUAAUUUGGGUCCAGAGGUGAAAGAGCUUAAGAACCCAUGUUUGAGACCGAUCAAUCAGUGGUUGACGCAACAUGAUAGGUCCCGCCCAUAUUUGGGUUCACACGUCUCAUUCUUCCUGGCUGUGACAAAUGUGUUCUUCUUUGUCAAUCAGUAAGGUUAUCCACCCUUGUGGAAAAUGACAAAUAUUUUGUUACUCGAAAUGAAUAUGUGUUAUAUGUGACUUCUACACACAUUCAAUGCAUUGACAAAAUCAUACUUUUCCCAUAACUUUUGACUGUACUCGCAUACAGAACA